AGUCUUCUCCAACUCACAAUAUUCCUAACAGUCUGACAUUUUUUGUCUAUAUAUCCCAUCAACUUGCAGUCUUAAUUGCAAGCACACAGAUAUCUGAGAACUCUUUGAUCAUGCAUGUAACAAAUGCAUGUGAUGGAGUUCCACAGAUUCCGGCUGAUUCUGGUCCCGGAACACAGAGUUGGGUGAGUAGAAAGUUCAUUAUUUGGACUAUUGGCACUAUCAUUGCUCUUGGUCUUAUUGCUGCCUUCAUCAUUCUUCUUGUCAAGUUUUUGCCACAUCAGCAUCAUCGUCCUCCAGUGCUGGAUAAUGAUACACGUCCUUUUGAUCGUUCUACAUCUACAUUGGAAUACAAUUACACGAUUGCUUUGAGCAAAGCACUCUUGUUCUUCAAUGCACAGAAAUCUGGAAAACUUCCGGAGGACAAUAAUGUUGCUUGGAGAGAAGACUCUGGUUUGAACGACGGGAUAGAUGAUCCUUCAUUCAAAGGCAACAAUUUGGUUGGGGGUUAUUAUGAUUCUGGUGAUGCAAUCAAAUUCAAUUUUCCACAAUCUUUUGCCAUGACCAUGUUGAGUUGGAGUGUGAUCGAGUACAGUGCCAAAUAUGAAGCUGCAGGGGAGCUUAACCAUAUUAAAGACAUCAUUAAGUGGGGAACUGAUUAUCUUCUAAAAACUUUUAAUUCUUCUGCUGACACCAUAGAUCGCGUUGUGAUGCAGGUGGGAGUUGGAGACACCAGUGAAGGACAUAUUCGUAAUGACCAUUAUUGUUGGAUGCGCCCUGAGGACAUUGAUUACCAUCGACCUGUAACUGAAUGUCAUAGUUGCUCAGACCUUGCAGCAGAGAUGGCAGCUGCUCUGGCUUCAGCGUCUAUUGUUUUCAAGGACAACAAGACGUACUCCAAGAAACUUGUCCAUGGAGCGAAAACCCUCUUUAAAUUUGCUAGGGAUCAGCAUGGCAUGUAUAGCAUAGGAACGGAGGCUGCAAAUUUUUAUAACUCAACUAGUUACUGGGAUGAGUUUGCCUGGGGAGGAGCGUGGAUGUAUUGUGCUACUGGGAAUAAUUUUUACCUCUCCCUUGCAAUCAAAAUGGCCUCACAAGCUGGUGCUUUUGGGGGAGGCCAUGAUUAUGGCGAACUUAGUUGGGAUAACAAGCUUGCGGGAGCUCAACUUCUUUUAACACGUCUGAGAUUGUUCUUGUCCCCUGGGUAUUCCUUUGAAGAAGGUCUAAAGACAUUUCACAAUCAAACCUGCAUGUACAUGUGCUCGUUGCUUCCAUCCUUAAAGCGCUUCAACAGAACACAAGGAGGCUUGAUUCAGUUAAAUAAUGGAAAACCGCAGCCUCUUCAAUUCGUUGUCAAUGCUGCUUUCUUGGCUACACUAUUUAGCGACUAUCUUGAUGCUGCGGAUACACCUGGAUGGUACUGUGGACCAAAUUUCUACCCAACUAGUCUUCUGCGUACGUUUGCCAAGACUCAGAUUGACUAUGUUCUUGGUAGAAAUCCAAGAAACAUGAGUUAUCUUGUGGGAUUCGGAAGUCACUACCCGAAACAAGUCCACCACAGAGGUGCGUCCAUUCCUAACAACAAGGUGAAAUACAGCUGCAGAGGAGGAUGGAAAUGGAGGGAUAGCUCGGAUCCAAAUCCUAAUACUAUUGUCGGGGCUAUGGUUGGGGGGCCCGACUGGGAUGAUGGUUUCCGUGACACGCGUUUGAAUUACAAUCAGACAGAGGCAACUAUUGCAGGUAAUGCUGGUUUAGUCGCAGCCCUUGUGGCUUUGCCGGGCAGUAACAGUAAGCUAUUUGACAUAAAAACCAUGUUCUCUGCAAUUCCACCCUUGUUUCCCCUCGCACCACCACCACCAGCUGCUUGGAAACGUUGAAACUUCUGUAAUAAUUAACUUAAUCAUUUAUUCUUUCAAUUAAUGCUCGACUCAUUGUUGACUUGAUUGGCCUUUUUAAGUUUAUGAAUAGUAGUGAUACAUGAAAAUUAUUGAUGUAAAAAGAAGAAACGAGGUUAAUACCGCCAAAUCAACCUCCACACACGAAACAAGGUUGAUACUGCCAGAUCAAGAGACAAGAUUUCACCCGCUAUACAAAUCACAAGCAGGAGAACAACAACUAUGUAAUGUUACAUUCUGUACUACUCACACUCUGAUGUCUGAACAAACAUGAUUAAACUUACACCGAACCUGUUCCAUAUCAUACGAGGGCCUAGGUGAAUUUUAGGCCUUCAGAAUUUAUUUCCUUCUAAAUAAAUAUAACAUAAUGCGAACACAGAUCUAGGUGAAUAUGCAUAUACAUAAAUUCUAAUCAAGGGAAAAAAACCUAUAAAUCAACUUUCAAGUUUUUGAAUCUUGAGAAGUGGAUCACCCGAAUAUGUCAAACACAUAGAUGCACAGACGCAUGAGUAACUAGAUAAACUUAAUGAUAUCUUUAGUUUCUACAUGAAACCUCAAUGCAGUCAGGGUGGUCGCUCUGCUUGCCCUCCCUCUGGGGAUCGGACCUGCUCUUACCCAGGUACCUGUUUUUCUUCCUUUUUUACCAUAUUAUAGAAGAGCAUUUACAUAUAUUUUUUGCAAUGUCAAACUUUCUUCACAGUGUUGCCUGUAUAUCAAACUCUUCUCCAACUCACAAUAUUCCCAACAAUCUAACUGCAUCCACCAGUCUUUAAGAUACAUUUUUGUUUCUGAACAUAAGCCUUUUAGGAUAUGUUUAUGUUCAUAAAACUCUUUGAUCAUGCAUGUCACAAAUUCAUCUGAUGGAGGACUACAGAGUCCGGCUGAUUCUGGCACCGGAGCAGACAGGGGCAACAUUGAUCCUGUGGUGGUACUGGUACCUCCACUGUUUACAGAGAGAACACAGAGUUGGGUGUGAAGUUGGGAUACCACUGAAGGGACAAUUCAUAAUGAUCAUAACUGUUGGAUGCGUCCCGAGGACUUUGCUGACGACCUGCCUGAAACUGACUGUCAUACUUGCUGCAGAGUUGGCAGCUGCUCUGGCUUUAGCAUCGAUUGUUUCCAGGGACAAAAAGGCUUAUUCCCAGAAACUUGUCCAUGGAGCUAAAACCCUUUUCAAAUUCUCCAGAAAUCAGCUUGGCAGGUACAACAAAGGAUCGGAAGGGGAGGAUACUGCUAUUUUGUGUUAGUGUUACAUGUAUGUGUGUGUCUGACUCAUUCAGAUUCCAACGGAUAUGAACGACUAGCCUGGACUGUUAGGUUUGUAAUUUGUAAACACUAUGUACCAUGUAGUAACUGACUUACUGAGAUGAUGCAAAGACUUUACGAAACGAGAGCCUUUCUUCACAGAAACAGUUUUUGUAACUCUUGAAAGUAAGGGUAAGGUCAGUGUACAUGUGAUUCUCCCCAGAUACUACUUCCAAGGAGGACGUCUUAUUUUGUUUGAUUUCUCUGAGAUUUUCAUAUUGUCUUUUUUCACUAAACUGUUAUUAUGGACGGGCACAUGAUAAAUUUAAGGAAUGUCUGCGUAUCUGCUAAUCUGGA